CAAGUCCCCCCACCUCAGCCUAUCAUCAAUCAAACACAGAGCCUCCUCCUGCUUUCCACUCGCCCCCUUUCGCUCUCUGUUUCCAAAAAAACAGCGGAUCUAUCCAUGGCAGUUCUUUUAAGAAACCCUAAAACCAUAAAAAGAACAACAACAUGUUCAAUAAAACCACUCUCUUCCUGUAUUUCUCGAAGUUUUUCCUCAACUACGUUGAAUUCCGAAACUGACCUCAAAGUACCUUCUUUUUUUUCUUGCAUUUCCCCCCCUCUCCGUCAAGAACCUAAGGACAGAAAUGUCCAGUGGGUGUUUCUUGGCUGUCCUGGUGUAGGUAAAGGCACCUAUGCUUCCCGUCUUUCCAAUCUUCUCGGUAUUCCUCACAUCGCCACCGGUGAUCUGGUCCGCGAGGAGCUCAAUUCCUCUGGCACACUUUCCUCCCAGCUUAAGGAGAUUGUGAAUCAAGGGAAAUUGGUUUCUGAUGAGAUUAUUAUAAGCUUAUUGUCGAAACGUCUUGAAGCUGGAGAAGCUAAGGGUGAGUCUGGUUUCAUUCUUGAUGGUUUCCCUCGAACUAUUAGACAAGCGGAAAUUUUAGAGGGAGUAACAGACAUUGACUUGGUGGUGAACCUAAAGCUUCGAGAAGAAGCUCUGCUUGCAAAAUGCCUUGGGAGAAGGAUUUGUAGUCAGUGUGGAGGAAAUUACAACAUUGCUUCCAUUGACAUUAAGGGUGAGAAUGGGAAGCCUGGAAUUUACAUGGCUCCACUUCCAGCUCCUCCACAAUGUGUACCGAACCUUAUCCAACGAGCUGAUGAUACCAAAGAAGUUGUGAAGGAGCGACUUCGUAUUUACAAUGAAAUGAGUCGACCUGUUGAGGAGUUCUACCGCAAUCGUGGGAAGUUGUUGGAGUUUGAUCUUCCUGGAGGAAUUCCAGAAUCCUGGCCAAAGCUGCUGGAAGCUCUGAAUCUUGACCACGAGGAUAAAUGCACCGCAGCAGCAUGAACUCCUGUAGUUCCGUAAGAUAUUCUCAAGGUAAGUUAGGUCAUUCUUUGCAAGCGGGAGACUGCAUGCAUAUUAUUUAGAUAAAGGGGGUUAACAGUUAUAUUAAAUAAACAAGCGCAAACUAUUUUCAAUAUAUUUUAUUGUUUGGAGAGCAAGGAGGCCUUGUGCACUGCUGGUGAUGUUAUUUGUUUGUUAGAUAGAUUGGUUUGUAAUGAUUAGAUAGUGGACAAAUGUCAGUGCCAUUCAAUUUUGCUGUAACAUUGGUUAUGAAGUUUGUUUUCUAGGGUUCUUUGAACAGAAAGAGCAAACAAUAGAGAGAGUUGAAUAAACAGCACUAUAUGACACGGAAAUACUGUGUUCUAGUUUUGUUUA